CGCUCAUCGCAAUCUUCCACGCAUACGAAAAGGACUUCUAGCGCGAGAAGCAGCUUGCAGUUCACACAUCGAGAGACUUACCGAUACUCCACCCUUUCCCCUCAGCAUUAGCCUUGGAGACGAUGUACCACGGUACUUAGAACGAAGAUCAUCCUGCUUCGAGUAACAUAUUCCGUACAUGUCAAACGUACUCCGGAAAGUAUUAAUAGAGCAUUAAACAGGAUCUUAAAUCUCCCCGAAGUCCAAAAAGCCAGCCUAUGAUACCUUAUCUUCAUCACUCUCCCAGGGGUUUGGUGGAUGGCAAGAUCGGUGGUAGAGGCUCGUGUUUUCCUUUCCGACCCCAGACGCAUCAGCCAGCCAGCAUCACGACCAACUGCGGGGCAAACAAGACCCCAACAGUGCUACAAUAAGCCGAUUUACCUUGUCAAAACCAUACGCUUGUGGGAGCAGGGAACGGGGACUUGGUAUCCCAAGUAUACCUAGGUCCAAAUUUGUGGGAACAGAGCGGCAGUAGUUCAUGUACAGAGUAUCAUCUACCUACUCGAGAUCGUCUCUCUUCGAGCUUUUGCUUUCUAUUCAUUUCUGUAUUUUGCCUUUUAAUUCAAAUGAGAUCGUGACUUGACGGACUCUACGAUAAGAGUCUACAAUUGUUAUGGAGUUACUUCGUCGAUUCAUUGACACUCCGCCUGAUUUCAGAGACUUCAGAGAUGACAAGCCAACGUUGCUCGUAAGCUGGGUAUGUUGUUUAUCGAAGAAGAUCUCAAUUCAACCUCUGAUAUUCGAAGUAGCCAUGUUCUAACAAUAUCACAGUGGUGCACAGUUUAUGCUAUGACGAUCAUCUUCUUCCGUGUCAUAGGAAGAUAUAUUAGAACAGAGAAAUCCUACAGAGAGGAUAUUAUUAUGCUACUGGGUGUAAUUCCCCUGCUCUUACGACAAGCUACACUUCAUGUGGUACUUCUUUACGGCACAAAUAAUACUAUCACCGACGGAUUAAGUGCUAUCGGCAUAAGAAGACGAGAAACCGGAAGCAAGUUGGUGCUUGUAACAAGAGUUCUAUACGUGACCUACCUCUGGACUAUCAAGUUGAGCACAAGUACCUUUCUGCAUAACCUCAUCACGAGCACUGCGAGCUCGAGCAAGAAAAGCAAGAAAAUCCUCUACUGGUUUUAUGCUUUCCUCUUCGUGACAUAUGUAGGGCCGGUUAGUGCAGCAAUUGGAACAUGCGAUCCUCUUUCAGGAUACUGGCAGGUUAUUCCAGAUCCUGGUAUACGAUGUAGAAGCGGUCAUCUUUUUUUGGUAUCCAUGGGUGCAUAAAACGGGAUAGCAAACCUCGCUUUGGUUGUGUUCCCACUCCCAGUGAUUUUCGCAAGCAGACUAGGUGGUUGGAAGUAAGUAUUACUGUCUGUCACAGUCCUUCUACAUCCCAGCUAACCGUAUGACUAGAAAAUUCACGAUCCUUAUCCGUCUCGCUCUGCCAAUUCUCUGUAUAAUCUUCACAAUCUACCAAGUUACCCACUCCUGUCGAGUGCAAACGGCAAUACGCAGGCACGACGCUCCCUCUUCGCUUCUCUAGAUAUACUUCUUGCAACCUUCAUCGCCAACGCUACCGUUCUCAUGUCACUGAUUCGCGAUCGUGGUUUCAAAAAGUCAAAGUGGAAGUGGGAAGAUGUGUCCGAGGUUGGAGGCGUCAGGAGAGUGAAAGUUGGAUGGGAUGUUCAAGCAGGCGAUUGGAAAGCUGACAUGACAUCCAAGACUUACACCCCAGCCAUUGUUGGUGGCCUUGACGCACAUAGGAAGAGGUCUUGGGAAACUGCGGGUAAGAGAAGCAACGAAGGGGGAGUAGAGAUGGAUAUUAUAGGUGUAGCGAGGAGUACGGAUAUGGAUGAUGAGAUUGUGAUGGCUGGAUUCGAGAGACCAGAGCAAGCAAAGUUGCUAGGUGAGAUCAGGAUUGCACGGGAAUGGGUGGUUACUACCUCAACGAAAUAAUUGAAUGAACACAAA